GCACCCGGUCUUGUCGUAUAUCCAGCUAACUGACUGUUAGCUUUUGUGUCAAUAUGGAGUCUGGCUGUUUGUUUGUUGUUUCUGGCUAAUAACCCGCUGGCACUUGGUGGCUUUAAUGUUUCGUGCAGGUCACCUAAAAACCAUCGGCAAAGCGGGAACUGGCUGGCACUUUCACCGGACAAUGGACGAGCUGGUCCAUGACCUGGUGUCGGCACUGGAGGAGAGCUCGGAGCAAGCUGCCCGGGGUGGCUUCGGCGAUGGCGGGGACCACGCACUAGCAGUGGGUUGUCUGCUGAAGAGACAGGCUCGGAAACGGAGGGGCAGGAAACGACGCUCAGACAACCCCCAUCCGCCCUGGGAUACGGGCCACCUCAGUGAGGGUUCAGAGUCCAGUGUGGAGGAACAUAAGGACUACCGUGCCAGCUCAGGAGGUGUUUCCGCUGCCAACAGCCACGCCCGUGACAACAGCGACUCUGAUGACCAGCUUGGCCCCAAAAGACGACCGCCCCACGCUGCCGACCCGGGACGAAGCAAGCGGCCAAUUUGGCCCGACGACCUGGCCGUCCUGGGGUCAGCAGAGGGAACUCGCAGCCUUAGACGCCGGCGUAAGGUCAAACGUAUGGCUGUGGACCCGCCGGUAGAACCAGAACCUCACUCCUCCAUCCUACUCGGGCCCCCGCCGGUCCCCAAGGCUCGUGUCGGCAGCAGGCCGCACAGACUCUGUGGUAACGAGAGUAGGGGCGCCAUGGAGCUUUGUGGAGGUGGCCUGCUGGGGUCUGUAGGAGAAAAGAACCGUGUGAAGAAGAGAAAACUGGCAAUGCAAAGACUGGGGCUGGAAGCUGCAGACGAAGGGGUGGUUGUUGAGAGUGAAGACCCUCUGUCUUCACCAAAAGAGGGAUCUAAAGAGAAGAUGGAGCUGGACGAGCAAAAGGGCUCAGAUGAGGACAUGAGUGACAGGUGUGAGACCAGCAGCGUCAGUAACAGCAGUGAUGGUGGCCUCUAUACUAAUGAUGAGGGGAGGCAAGGUGAUGAUGAACAGAGUGAUUGGUUCUGUGACGGAGAACCGGCGUCCGGAUCUGGGCCCGGGGGUGCAUGUGGGAUAGCAGGAGUGGUUCCCUGGUGGGAGAGGGAGGCGGCGUCGGAGGAGCUGGACCUCGCCGACCCGGUCUUCAACAGCAUUCUCACAGGAUCCUUUCCUCUCCUGAGCCCCGCUGCACAGAGAGGGUUCCAGGCCAGGUUGAGUCGUCUCCAUGGAAACCAGCAGGGAUCCGAGGCGGGAUCCAGUCAGGGCUUCAGCGAAAGGCUGAGCCAAGAUCCCCAUGAACCUUGGUUUAACGCAAGCUCAAGGAGGGACCAUGGACAGUUGCACUGGGAUCCACGAACAGACAGAGGGCAUCGGAGGAGCUGUUCGGUAAAAACAGCAAGCAGGCAGACCAGCGGACACCUCGGCUCUCUAUGCACAGGCGACAUCAAACGGAGGCGAAAGGCAGCUCCUCUAGGUACCGUUGUUCCCUCAGGUGUGGUUGGGGAAAACGCAGCUCCCAUCCCUGACACGAACAUGGGGAGCCGCAUGUUGCAAAGCAUGGGCUGGAGCCCGGGGAUGGGACUCGGCCCUGAGGGGAGGGGUAUCACCGAACCCAUCCGGGCCACACAGAGACCCAAAGGGGCAGGUUUAGGUUUCAACUGAUCUGUCGCUUCCUGGACUCUGAGACACGAUACUGCAAAAAAAAAAAAAAGAACGCCAGAUGAAAUUCUCCUCAGGAUGAUUCUUAACCAAAGUCCUGCGAGCUGCAAGAAUGAAACGGUUCUACCAAGAACGUCUGUGGUGACAAACUUUCCCCAUAUUGGGGAAACUUUUACAAAAUCUGGGAUUGAGACACGUGACAGUAAUGGGUAGAAAUGAGUUCUCCAUGUUGGAGAACUUGACGGUGAAGCUUGAUCACAUGUUACCUCAGUGUUUAAGGGCAGACUGCUGAGUCUUUGAGCUCAUUCUGGGUGUGAGCCACUAACAGUGCAACCCGUUAGUCAGCCAAACUGACUAACGGGUUGAUCAGAAAUGUUUUUUGUUUUUUUUUUUCUCUGAGAUUGCACAAGAGUUUUUGAAUCAAAUAUUUGAUUGGGCCAUACCUCAACACACCUUUUUAAGUUGCUUAUUUUAUCGUAAUGAAGUUGGCAUACUUUACUUUAAUGUGAGCAGAUUUAUCUGGAUGUCUGUAAUAAUCCAUUUUCUUGAUUUAAUUGAGGAAUUUGUGUCAUUAGAAAGUUUUUACUUCUCCACAAACAGGGAAAAUAAUAAUAAAAAAAAAAGAUCUAAAUUUG